GAUCCGACUACGAAGAGUUCUUGAUCAUUCUAUCAACCUAAACCUUGAAUAAAUAUUAAAAUCAAUUCAACUUCUUUUAUUUGGAAAUGCAGUUCUCGUUAAGGUAGUCCUUCGGACUGCCAUAACUUACAUCAUAACCAGCCCUAGUUCGAAUUUGAAGAAGGCGCGUGCGCGCGCGUUUAAACGAGCCACGGGCCGCACUAAACCAGAAACCCGGCCACACUAAAUCGGGUAAAUCGAUAGCACAAGCAAAAUCGAUGGACCCAGCCAAUCCCUAUAUAAAGCGGGCGGCUGGCCUUUGGGAACUCAGUCAGUGGUCGGCAGCGAUCGGAUGGAAGUCAUCAACCAACAGCGACCAGCCAGCUCUACAGCAGGAUCUCCCAGUGGUAAAUAUAAUAAACCAGGAUAGGUCCAACACUAACAACAAUUCUUCCCGCCGACUUUCGGGUCCGAUAACACGAGGGAGCCGUUUACAGCCGGAGGAUCCAGACGCGAGAAGCUCCACCCACGGAUACCGUUUGCAAUUCCGUCAGAAACUCGAGUUUCAAAGGCCGAGAAAAUCGUAUGCUUUGCGGGAAACGAUUGUUCCACAACACGUUGCAUAA